CAUCAGAGAACACACACAGGAGAGAAGCCGUAUGAAUGCUCUGAAUGUGGGAAAGCCUUUUGCCAGAAACCACACCUUACCAACCAUCAGCGUACACAUACAGGAGAGAAACCCUAUGCCUGUAAGCAGUGUGGAAAAACAUUCUGUGUAAAGUCAAACCUCACUGAACACCAGAGGACACACACAGGAGAGAAACCAUAUGAGUGUAGUGUAUGUGGGAAAUCCUUUUGCCAUAGAUCAGCCCUGACUGUUCAUCAAAGGACACACACAGGGGAGAAGCCCUUUAUAUGUAAUGAGUGUGGUAAAUCUUUUUGUGUGAAGUCAAACCUCAUUGUACAUCAAAGAACUCACACAGGAGAGAAACCCUAUAAAUGUAAUGAAUGUGGGAAGACCUUCUGUGAAAAAUCAGCUCUUACUAAACAUCAGAGAACUCACACAGGAGAGAAGCCCUAUGAGUGUAAUGCGUGUGGGAAGACCUUUAGUCAGAGGUCAGUACUCACUAAGCAUCAGAGAAUUCAUACCAGGGUUAAAGCUCUUCCAACGUCCUGAGUGUUCAGAAAUUUUGAAACACCUGUCAGAUUUACUAUCUAGUUUUAAAAAUGAGAUUAGAGAAAGCCAAAGAAUACCACAAAGUACUAGAAAAUUACAUCUCAUUCAACUAUGUGAAAGCUUUCCAGAAAAGUAAAUUUUUAUUGGAAAAUUUGUAGUGAAGUAAAGUCUAUUCAUUUAAGUACUAUUGAAAAAUCUUUUUAAGUUAUCUUAUGUCAUCUGUCAGAUGUUUUACAAAAAUUUAUAUAUCAGUAUUCAUUUUACCCAUAUUCACAGUGUUCACAAUAUUCGUCAGUAGCUUCCAAAAAUUGAAUAACAGUAACAUUAAACAUAUAUGAAGAAUUCCAAAUGUUUGUAAACCUCUUAUGGGGCUUGCAAACAAAAUUUGGAGUAUCUUGAUUCAUGUGCUGGAGCCCAUGAACCCUUCAUUUAGUAACUUAUGGUAUAUAUUAAUAUUUUCCACCUAAAUCCCACCAGUGUCUUUGUGUGUCCUUAGGAUUAUAUAUGUGUAUGUACACAUAUGUGAAUGUGUAUAUAAUAUAUGUAAAUAUAUUUGUUCACACAUACCUAGACAUUCAUGAUACCCUCAUGUUACCUCAUACUGACUUAAAAAUUCUGCUGAUUGUUAGGUUUUCAGGAAUAUUGUAAGACAUGUGUUAAACAUGGUCAGUAUUUAAAAUUGUGUAAAUUUACAUUUCAAAUAUUUAUUGCAUUUUCAAUAUUUAUCACUUCCUAAUAAUUUUGCUAUAUUUUGCCACUAUCUGUGUGGUUCAGGUUACUUGUAUUAGUGUACUUAUUUGGUGAGACUACUCGAUGAUCAUGUGCUAUUGCAUGUAUCUUCCCAAAAUCACAUGCUAAUAGCUUUAUCUAAAUCAGAAUAUUUACACUGUAGAAAAUGGAAAACUAUAUUUCAGGGGUUUUGUUUUCUUAGAGAAUUGUUAUCACAUAACUGAUAAGUAUACCUAUUUAUAUAUAUGAAAUGAUACUUAGCAGGUUUGAAGUACAAAUCACAUACCCCUUUUUUAAAUUUGCUGAAACAAGUAAAUGACUAUGACCAUUAUUACUAACCUGCCUCUUGAGUAAAAAAAGGCAAAAGAUGUUUUCGUGAGGUUUUUAAAUACCUCUCAACCAGUACAAUUCUAAAUACUGCCAGAGUCUCUCUAUAGGUUGACCAGUACAGGUUGACCAGUGAAAUAUUUCUUUAAAAAUAACCAUGUCACCUUUUGGCUGUUACUUUUGGCACUGGUAUAUCUGAAUAUGGCCCCAGUAUUACCAAACUUGCCCUUUGGUGAAGAAGUUAAAACUUUUUUUUUUUUUUAAUUUUUUCAGUUGUCUCUGGGUCAGUCAUACAAACAUUGUUAAUAAAAAUGGUGUUUACACAAUUAUGCAAAGGUUGACAUCAGUUAUAAACAGUAAUCCUAGAGCUGGCAAGAGGGCUCAGCGGACUAAGCACCUGCUUAGGCAAGUGCAGGGACCAGGGGGUUUGA